CAUCAAUCUGCGCAGUGCGCAAAGUCGGCUGUGCGCACUUAUGCAACAAACGUCAAUUUUCGAAGUAACCUCAAAAUUACCAAGUCAAAAUGAGUAAAAAUAUUCGGGAUAUAUCCCCUUUUUUGCAAAAAGUUCGUGACUUUUUGCUGGGAAGGCCCCACACUUUGGCAUUGCGAUUCCAAGACGAAAUUGCCACAAGAUCACCCCCGUUACCUAAUCUCCCAGACGGGCCUUCGCAUUGCUUGAGCAGUAAUUAUUAUUACACAAGGGAUGCACGACGUGAAGUGGCCCCACCUGAAAUCGUGGCAUCCGGACAGAAGUUGAUAGCAAGUGGCGAAACAAGUCCUGCAAAGCCGGUCAAUAGUCGCACUCCAGGACAGUUGUACCACUGGGAUUAAGGGGGUAGGGAAAUGUAAAUAAGACAGAAACUUAGUGUAAAUUAUUAGUGUUCGCCUAUAUUUGAAAUAAAAUGGGUUAUCGUAAAUGUU